UCAUUAUUUUGGUGAGCUCGCGUUCAGCUGUCAAAGUACUUAACAAGUGUGAGACUGAGUAUUUUAAAAAUUAAUGUGUAGUGAAUUAUUGUGAAACGAUCGUACAGUAAAUUUUUAUGAGAAAUUAAACAACAAUACCGAUUUUAUUAUUGCUAUGUUGAUCUAGACUAAAGUAACUAACAAUGGGGGUUUUACUGUGCAAUAAAUAUUUGUGAUACGUCAAAACAAAAAUCAAAAUAAAUACUAAAUUGCCUAACAUUUUCGUAAAUAAAUCACUGAUUAAAUUGAUCUGAAUAGUUUAAUAGUCUCGACGUGGACGUUAAAGCUUAGUAGAAUUGACUUCAACAUGUCUAAAGUGUCUUUAAGUAAUAUCCCAUCAAAUCCAAGAAUAAAUCGCCUGCGUACAUUUUCUAGGACCGAAAGUGAAACAUCAUGCGAGGAAGCAGCGAGAUUGACAGCAGAUGGAGCUGAUGAUGAUGACGAGGCUUAUGACUACCGAGAACUCCCACCACCGCCGGACGGUGGCUAUGGCUGGGUCGUGGUGUUCGCCUCGUUUAUGUGCAAUCUGGUGGUGGACGGCAUCGCCUACACAUUUGGUAUAUUCCUCUCAGAACUGGUCACGUUUUACGGCGAGGGUAAAGGGACAGUGGCCUGGGUUGGAAGUCUUUUGUCUGGAGUAUAUUUAGCAGCUGGUCCUGUUGUGUCAGCACUAUGUAAUAAAUAUGGAUGCAGAGCUGUCUGCGUGGCUGGUUCCUUCGUAGCAACGAUAGCAUUUGUCCUCUCCACUUUCAGUCAGAGUGUCACCAUGAUGAUGCUCACGUAUGGUGUUUUGGGAGGAAUCGGAUUUGGUAUGAUCUACCUACCAUCGGUGGUGGCAGUGGGCUACUACUUCGAGUCACGACGUUCCCUGGCCACUGGCAUCGCAGUGUGUGGUUCUGGAGUCGGCACAUUCAGCUUUGCACCUUUAGCCACCAUACUUCUUCAAGAGUUCGGAUCAUGGCAGAGCGCGAACCUUCUGCUGGCGGGUUUAAUCCUGAAUUGCGCGAUAUUCGGAGCCCUGAUGAGGCCACUUGUGUAUCCAAAGUCCUCGGGCGAAAAGCCGCUCCUCCAGCGGAUGGCCGAAGAGAAGAGGAUGCAGAUGGAGCGAGGGUCCAUCGGAGGAUCCUACUUCGUGGUGCAAUUGCCUGAUGGGACUAUGGAGAAGCGGAUGAAGGCCCCGCUAAACAUAGACCCAGGCGUCCACUCCUCGCUGAACCUGGAAGCGCUUGCCCGAGUGCCCACUUUGCCCAACAUGCCCAAUGUGCCAACUGUGCCUACUUUGCCCACCAUCACCGAAGCUCGAGUGCCCGACGAGGUCAAAGAGAAGAAGGGUGAGAACGGGGCAACCCCGAACUCGCAAGCCAUAUCUCGGAACGUGUCGUCCCCGGCGUUCAGUGCGCAGGCGCCGGGUCUGCCCAAGAAUGGGUCCGUGCCGUUUUUCGACCGGCAACGGAAACAGAGCACCGGUGAUAGGUCAGACAAUGAUAGAUUUAAACCGUCAUUAGCUGCCAUCAAAGCAACGUCCAAAACAUCCAUUGCGAGUCAUCUAAGGGCUGAUGACGCGGAAGGUGUAUACAACUCGAAGCUGUCAGUGGCGGCUCCCAAAGAGCCCUCGAGGAUGGUCCGGCCCAUGUCCAGGAAGGACAUAUUCUAUUCCGGAUCCGUUCUCAACCUGCCUCAGUACCAGAGCCAGAAGUCCCUCCAGGGGUACAGGAACUCUGUGCUCAGUCUGCCCCAGAGCAGGCAGACCGGGGACCUGGAGAGACAGGAACAAUACGACCUGUGUCCAUGCCUGGGCCUGCCCGCGUCCUUCAAGUCGGCCCUGUCCUCGAUGCUGGACGUGAGCCUGCUGCGCGACCCUGCCUUCAUGAUGAUCGGCGUCUCCAACGUGUUCGGCAUGGCCGGCCUCUAUGUGCCCUUCGUCUACAUCGUGGACGCUGCCGUCAUGAAUAAAGUGGACGAGUCGAAGGCGUCCUUCCUCCUUUCCAUAAUCGGGAUAACGAACACGUUCGGACGGAUAAUGUGCGGCUGGGUGGCUGACUUCCCCUGGAUGGACUCUCUCUUGCUCAACAACAUCUGCCUGGUCAUCGCUACGAUAUCAGUAGCGGUGAUCCCCUUCUGUACGACGUACGCGGCCUACGUGGCGGUGGCUAUCGCCUUCGGACUCGCUAUUUCCGGCUACAUCUCUCUGACCUCGAUAAUCCUGGUGGACCUGCUGGGCCUGGACAAGCUGACGAACGCCUUCGGCCUGCUGAUCCUGUUCCGAGGAGCGGCGGCCAUCGUGGGCUCUCCUCUGGCCGGAGCCGUUUACGACGCGACCAAGAACUACGACGCCUCCUUCUACAUGGCGGCUGUUUUCUUCUUGGCCUCCACGCUCACUUCCUUCGCCGCCCCCAUGUUUAGGAGGAAACAAGAAGAGGCGGCCCAGCCUCUGGACGUUCUGACUCCUAUCGAUGAGGAUAUGGAGGAGGACGAGGACCCCGACGACACGCCCAUCACCAUGGGAGCCCUCCACCGGCCCACCAUCACGCGCACCGCGGCCUCUCCCUCCGAACCGCCGACUCCCGAAAAGAAUCCCCCUCGGGGGGAGCAGAGGGAGAGCGUACUCUAACCAACGGUCCGUUAGUAUACGGAACAACGCGUAUACGUUAAACGUAUACUAUUCAAAGGGUAAUUGCGACUUUGCUCACGUCCAUAUUUUCAAUUUUUACGGAUACGACCCUCUAAUCAAUUCAAAAAAUACUCAAGUAUUCAAAUUAUUAAAUAUAAAAAAAUCUUUAAAUAACAGUGUUACAGAUUAUAGCAAUAAGUUUGGAAUUGAUUAUACCGUGUUUUAGAUAGCAACAUUAUGAUUAAAUUUGCCAGUUUUAAAAUUUAACAGUGAUCUCAGUACUGUUUGAUUUAUUUAUUUUUACCCUUAUGGUAUUUUAUAUUCAUGAAAUUGUAAAUCAUUUACGUUUUGUAUUUUAAAACUAACAAAAGUUAUAUAAAAGAUGGAAAGGAAAUUUUAUAUUAUGACAAAAAAAUAUGAUUUUACUUUGGUAUGUAUACCCCAUGUCGAAAGUCUGAGGUACUAAAGGUUCUAGUUUUUUUCAAAGCUAGUUAUAUAUUUAUAUAUAUAUAUACAGAUAUCUAAAUAAUUUUAUCUACAUUUGAUGAUGAAUUAAAGAUAAUUCUUAUUCCUGUAAACAUACCCGAGCUCUGUUUUAAAAUUUUUCAUAAAAAAGUGCUUCGCUCCAAAACGCGUCAACAUAGUGACCGUAGUGACGUAUCCGUUUUACGUUAUCGCCACGUUAACGUAUCCGUUUUGGCGCGAACCUUUAUUAAUAAGUUAUAUCUUAAUUUUUGUAUGAAUUUUACGAGAAAGAGCUCGACCGUGCCAUAGAUGUUUGAAAUUGCAUUAGAUAAUAAAUUCACAAUAAAACGGUACUCGCUUUCAAUAACGGUACUUAUAAGUACUUAGACAAAUGUAAAUACAAUGUACAUACACGUUUGCACAUAGAAGUAGCUAGGUUUGUAUUCCAGAACUUAAUUCAUAAUUUACUUUCAUCUGUCAGAUUCUUGGGCCACGAAGUUUGAUCUGUCAUAUGUCAAAGAAUGCCGGCUGUCAAUUUUUGUCAAGCUAAACUAAAUAAAAUAAAAUAAAAAUAAAUCUAAAAACCAUCUUAGUCCUAAACAUUCUUUGUCUAUGGUUUAAAAUUACGUUUUAUAAUGUAGUCUAUGGAGUUUGACAUUUAUGACAGCGGUGAGUUAUCUUUUGGAAUAUAAACUAGAAUUUAUCAAUAGUAAUUUGUGAUCAAGAUUUAAUAUUUACUAAAAUGUCGUUAAACGAACAUCUUGCAACACUCAUUUGACUUUCAAACGUUCAACCAAAAAUCUUUGCCAAAUCUGUUUGUCCACAGUAUUCAGAUUGUCCGACUGAACUUAUUAGGAUGAAAUUUGAUGCUUUGUAUACGCUCGAAAUGCUCAAAUGCAUCUGACAAGUGUUAGGAUGUAGAUGUUUGUAUAGAUAACUUAAGAUGGGCAUAUUUCGGAACAGAUACGUAUGGUGUUUCAUUCGACGAAUUGUAUGAAAAGAUAUUCGUACUGAACUAAUGUUCGUGCUAUACCACAGACUACUACACACUUCGGUCUCUGUCUGUCAAAUUGUGUUAACGCUGUGAUGAAAAGGGAUAGACGAUUACUUCAGUUUCGUGCAAUCGAAUUGGAUGUUUGUCUCUGUCUGUCAAAUUGUGUUAGCGCUGUGAUGAAAAGGGACAGACGAGUUCUUCAGUUUCGUGCAGUCGGAUUGGAUGUUUGUCUCUGUCUGUCAAACUGUGUUAACGCUGUGAUGAAAAGAGACAGAGGAGUUCUUCAGUUUCGUGCAGUCGGAUUGGAUGAUUGUCUCUGUCUAUUAAAUUGUGUUAGCGCUGUGAUGAAAAGGGACAGACGAGUUCUUCAGUUUCGUGCAGUCGGAUUGGAUGAUUGUCUCUGUCUAUUAAACUGUGUUAGCGCUGUGAUGAAAAGGGACAGACGAGUUCUUCAGUUUCGUGCAGUCGGAUUGGAUGAUUGAUUGUCUCUGUCUAUUAAAUUGUGUUAGCGCUGUGAUGAAAAGGGACAGACGAGUUCUUCAGUUUCGUGCAGUCGGAUUGGAUGAUUGUCUCUGUCUAUUAAACUGUGUUAGCGCUGUGAUGAAAAGGGACAGACGAGUUCUUCAGUUUCGUGCAGUCGGAUUGGAUGAUUGUCUCUGUCUAUUAAACUGUGUUAGCGCUGUGAUGAAAAGGGACAGACGAGUUCUUCAGUUUCGUGCAGUCGGAUUGGAUGAUUGAUUGUCUCUGUCUAUUAAAUUGUGUUAGCGCUGUGAUGAAAAGGGACAGACGAGUUCUUCAGUUUCGUGCAGUCGGAUUGGAUGAUUGUCUCUGUCUAUUAAACUGUGUUAGCGCUGUGAUGAAAAGGGACAGACGAGUUCUUCAGUUUCGUGCAGUCGGAUUGGAUGAUUGAUUGUCUCUGUCUAUUAAAUUGUGUUAGCGCUGUGAUGAAAAGGGACAGACGAGUUCUUCAGUUUCGUGCAGUCGGAUUGGAUGAUUGUCUCUGUCUAUUAAACUGUGUUAGCGCUGUGAUGAAAAGGGACAGACGAGUUCUUCAGUUUCGUGCAGUCGGAUUGGAUGAUUGUCUCUGUCUAUUAAACUGUGUUAACGCUGUGAUGAAAAGGGACAGACGAGUUCUUCAGUUUCGUGCAGUCGGAUUGGAUGAUUGUCUCUGUCUAUUAAACUGUGUUAGCGCUGUGAUGAAAAGGGACAGACGAGUUCUUCAGUUUCGUGCAGUCGGAUUGGAUGAUUGUCUCUGUCUAUUAAACUGUGUUAGCGCUGUGAUGAAAAGGGACAGACGAGUUCUUCAGUUUCGUGCAGUCGGAUUGGAUGAUUGUCUCUGUCUAUUAAACUGUGUUAACGCUGUGAUGAAAAGGGACAGACGAGUUCUUCAGUUUCGUGCAGUCGGAUUGGAUGAUUGUCUCUGUCUAUUAAACUGUGUUAGCGCUGUGAUGAAAAGGGACAGACGAGUUCUUCAGUUUCGUGCAGUCGGAUUGGAUGAUUGAUUGUCUCUGUCUAUUAAAUUGUGUUAGCGCUGUGAUGAAAAGGGACAGACGAGUUCUUCAGUUUCGUGCAGUCGGAUUGGAUGAUUGUCUCUGUCUAUUAAACUGUGUUAGCGCUGUGAUGAAAAGGGACAGACGAGUUCUUCAGUUUCGUGCAGUCGGAUUGGAUGAUUGUCUCUGUCUAUUAAACUGUGUUAACGCUGUGAUGAAAAGGGACAGACGAGUUCUUCAGUUUCGUGCAGUCGGAUUGGAUGAUUGUCUCUGUCUAUUAAACUGUGUUAGCGCUGUGAUGAAAAGGGACAGACGAGUUCUUCAGUUUCGUGCAGUCGGAUUGGAUGAUUGUCUCUGUCUAUUAAACUGUGUUAGCGCUGUGAUGAAAAGGGACAGACGAGUUCUUCAGUUUCGUGCAGUCGGAUUGGAUGAUUGUCUCUGUCUAUUAAACUGUGUUAACGCUGUGAUGAAAAGGGACAGACGAGUUCUUCAGUUUCGUGCAGUCGGAUUGGAUGAUUGUCUCUGUCUAUUAAACUGUGUUAACGCUGUAAUGAAAAGGGAUAGAGUGAAGUACAGUGCAUUCGAUGAAUAGAGAGGUUAUUGUCGAAGUCUAGGGCUUGCUAUCCUUGAUUUUUCGAUGCUUUUACCAUUGCGAACAAUCAUGUAUAUAUGUCAAUUUCGUUGAAAACCAAAAAAUGUGUACACGUAAUUUUACGCAGAGGAAAUAUAUUUUUUUGGUCACGUAUUAUGUCGAAAGUACAUAAUUUAGAUUUAAGCGUAGAUAGGCUAUUGUGAUAAAGACGCUAUGUUAAUAAUUUCUUUAUUUUCAUGUAAAUGUGUAUUAUUAUGUCCCGAUAUGUCGAGUUUACUCUUGUUAUAGCUUUAUAAAACCAAAAGUGUUAUUAUGUUUUAAGAAUUUAAAAUGUUUAGGAGUUGAAAUGUUGACGUUUUCUGAACAGGGAACGGAAUCGAGACAAAUUCAUAAUAAGAAGUCACGUUUGAAGGCUUCAAUAGAUUUAAAGCGAAUUGGCGGUUGUACACGCUCGCCGAGAGAAAGAAGCGAAGAGAAAUCGUUAAAUUAAUUGAACCAACCUCACUCGACGAGUGUGUAACCGCCCUUUUAUUCAGUAUUGGCUCAAAGUAUUGUUUUUAUUAAGCUAUUGACACUAGGUUCAUAAAAUAUUUUGUCCCACAUUUUAUAUAAAAUCAAUAAUUUUAUUAUAUAUGUAUAUGUAAAUAAUUAUUUUUCUAAUUUAUUAAUAUAUAUUUGUAUGAUUUUAAUUAAAAUAUUUUUGGACAAGUGUGAAUUCAGCUUAAUGCUUAUCGGUUAUGAAACUGCAGUGCUAUUGUUGAUGUCCACCGAAUGUUUUGUAAAUAACCGACUCAUUAAAUGAUAAUGAUGACUGA